CUAGCUGCCACAGUUAUUGAGUGCUCAGGUUUCACACUUUCGGCUGCAGGGCUGAGAAACAUGGCAGUGGAGGAGGCAGCAGACUAUUUGGCAGAAACGGAUGUAAAUGCCUGCUACCUGCGAGCAGCUCGGGCCGGCAACCUAGAGAAAGCUUUGGACUACCUGAAGAAUGGAGUCGACAUCAACAUCUGCAAUCAGAAUGGUCUGAACGCUCUCCAUCUGGCCUCGAAGGAGGGCCAUGUGGAAGUGGUGGCUGAGCUCAUCAAGCAGAGCGCCAAUGUGGACGCAGCUACCAAGAAAGGAAACACAGCCCUCCACAUAGCUUCUCUUGCCGGGCAGACGGAGGUGGUGAAGGAGCUCGUCACCCACGGAGCCAACAUCAAUGCACAGUCUCAGAAUGGCUUCACUCCGCUGUAUAUGGCGGCGCAGGAGAAUCACUUGGAUGUGGUGCAGUUUUUAUUGGACAACGGCUCCAGUCAGAGCAUCGCCACCGAGGAUGGUUUCACUCCUCUGGCGGUGGCGCUGCAGCAGGGCCACGACCAGGUGGUUUCCCUCCUACUGGAAAAUGACACCAAGGGGAAGGUCCGCCUCCCGGCGCUGCACAUCGCCGCACGGAAAGAUGACACCAAGGCCGCCGCCCUCCUCCUCCAGAACGACCACAACGCUGACGUGGAGUCCAAGAGCGGGUUCACUCCUCUUCACAUUGCGGCUCACUACGGCAACAUCAACGUAGCAACACUCCUGCUGAACAGAGGGGCAGCUGUGGACUUCAAGGCGAGGAAUGACAUAACGCCGCUGCACGUAGCAUCCAAGCGCGGCAACAGCAACAUGGUGCGACUGCUGCUGGAGAGAGGGGCCAAGAUAGAUGCACGGACCAAGGAUGGUCUGACCCCUCUCCACUGUGGAGCCAGGAGUGGUCAUGAGCAGGUGGUGGAGAUGCUGCUGGACAGAGGAGCUCCAAUACUUUCAAAAACCAAGAACGGUUUGUCUCCCCUCCACAUGGCGACGCAGGGCGACCACCUCAACUGCGUCCAGCUGCUGCUGCACCACGAGGUGCCUGUGGACGACGUGACCAAUGACUACCUGACGGCGCUGCACGUGGCCGCCCACUGCGGACACUACAAGGUGGCAAAGGUCAUCGUGGACAAGAAGGCCAACCCCAACGCCAAGGCACUGAAUGGUUUCACUCCCCUGCACAUUGCCUGCAAGAAGAACAGAGUCAAGGUGAUGGAGCUACUUCUGAAGCAUGGAGCAUCUAUACAGGCGGUCACCGAGUCUGGUCUGACUCCGAUCCACGUUGCAGCAUUUAUGGGACAUGAAAACAUCGUCCACCAGCUGAUCAGCCACGGUGCUUCGCCAAACACAAGCAAUGUGAGGGGGGAGACAGCGCUCCACAUGGCAGCGAGGGCGGGACAGACAAAUGUGGUCCGAUAUCUGGUCCAGAACGGAGCUCGAGUCGAUGCCAAGUCCAAGGACGACCAGACUCCGCUGCACAUCUCAAGCCGCCUUGGUAAACAAGACAUUGUCCAUCAGCUGCUGGCCAACGGAGCAUGCCCAGAUGCCACGACCAGCUCAGGAUACACACCCUUACACUUGGCCGCCAGGGAGGGACACAGAGACGUGGCUGCGGCACUGCUGGAUCAAGGAGCUAGUCUGGGAAUUACUACUAAGAAGGGCUUCACUCCUUUGCAUGUUGCAGCAAAGUACGGGAAGAUCGAGGUCGCCAACCUGCUGCUGCAGAAGAAUGCUCAGCCCGAUGCCGCGGGGAAGAGUGGACUAACUCCACUGCAUGUGGCAGCACACUAUGAUAACCAGAAGGUGGCGCUGCUCCUGCUCGACCAGGGAGCCUCGCCGCAUGCGGCUGCGAAGAACGGUUACACGCCGCUCCACAUUGCGGCUAAGAAGAAUCAGAUGGAGAUAACCACCACGUUGCUGGAGUACGGCGCCUCCACCAACACAGUCACACGCCAGGGAAUCACUCCUCUGCACCUGGCAGCACAGGAAGGCAACGUGGACAUAGUGACGCUGCUGCUGGCUCGAGACGCUCCUAUUAACAUGGGCAAUAAGUCUGGUCUGACUCCGCUCCACCUGGCUGCCCAGGAGGAUAAAGUCAACGUUGCUGAGGUAUUAGUGAACCAGGGAGCAACUAUAGACCCUGAGACCAAGCUGGGAUACACUCCUCUGCAUGUGGCCUGUCACUAUGGCAACGUGAAAAUGGUCAACUUCCUGUUGAAAAAUCAGGCGAAGGUCAACGCUAAGACCAAGAACGGUUACAGCCCUCUCCAUCAGGCUGCACAGCAGGGACACACACACAUCAUCAACUUGCUGCUGCAUCAUGGAGCACUGCCCAACGAACUCACCACUAAUGGCAAUAGUGCUCUGUCCAUUGCCAGGAGGCUCGGCUACAUCUCUGUAGUUGACACACUCAGAGUGGUCACAGAGGAAACCCUGACCACUCAGACUGUGACGGAGAAGCAUAAGAUGAAUGUCCCAGAGACCAUGAACGAGGUGCUGGACAUGUCCGAUGAUGAAGUCCAUAAAGCCAAUGUCCCCGAAAUGAUCACAGAGGACUAUUUAUCUGAUGUGGAAGAAGGUGACGAUGCAAUGACGGGGGACACAGACAAAUAUCUGGCCCCCCAGGACCUGCGGGAGCUGGGGGACGACUCGCUCCCUCAGGAGGGCUACAUGGGCUUCAGCGUGGGUGCGCGGUCACAGAGCCUGCGUUCCUUCAGUUCUGAUAGGUCCAACACGCUGAACCGGAGCUCGUUCACACGGGACAGCAUGAUGAUAGAGGAGAUGCUGGCACCCAAUAAGGAGAUGCAUUUGGCGGUGGCUAAGGACUUUGACAGCGACUCUCUGAGGAGGUACAGCUGGACUGCAGAUGCUCUGGACAACGUCAACCUAGUCUCCUCACCAGUACACUCCGGGUUCCUGGUCAGCUUCAUGGUCGACGCCAGGGGCGGCUCCAUGAGAGGAAGUCGUCACAACGGCAUGCGCAUCAUCAUCCCGCCGAGAAAGUGCACAGCGCCCACCAGGAUCACCUGUCGACUGGUCAAGAGGCACAAACUAGCCUCGCCUCCUCCGAUGGUGGAAGGAGAAGGCCUGGCCAGCCGACUGGUGGAGGUCGGUCCGGCUGGAGCUCAGUUCCUCGGGCCUGUGAUCGUGGAGAUCCCUCAUUUUGGCUCGAUGCGGGGCCAGGAGAGAGAGCUGAUCCUGCUGCGCAGCGAGAACGGAGAAACCUGGAAGGAACAUCUGUACGACUAUAAGACUGAUGACCUCAAUCAGCUUCUCAACGGGAUGGAUGAAGAACUGGACAGUCCUGAUGAGCUGGAGAGGAAGAGGAUCUGCCGCAUCAUAACCAAGGACUUUCCACAGUACUUUGCCGUGGUGUCUCGGAUCCGACAGGAGACCAAUCAGAUGGGACCUGAGGGUGGGACUCUGUGCAGCCGGAGCGUCCCAUUGGUUCAGGCCUCCUUUCCUGAGGGGGCGUUAACCAAGAAGAUUAAAGUUGGACUGCAGGCCCAGCCGGUACCUGAUGAGACUGUGAAGAAAAUCCUUGGAAACCGAGCAACCUUCAGCCCCAUUGUUACCGUGGAGCCCAGGAGAAGGAAGUUCCACAAACCCAUCACCAUGACAAUCCCAGUCCCUCCCCUCUCGGGGGAGGGGCUUACCAACGGCUACAAAGGAGACUGUACUCCCUGCCUCCGGCUUCUCUGUAGCAUUACAGGUGGUACGUCCCCGGCACAGUGGGAAGACAUCACAGGCACAACUCCUCUCACCUUCGUCAAGGACUGUGUCUCCUUCACCACCAAUGUUUCUGCAAGGUUCUGGUUGGCCGACUGCCACCAGAUCCCAGAGACGGUGGGUUUGGCCAUGCAGCUGUACAGGGAGCUGAUCUGCGUGCCCUACAUGGCCAAGUUUGUGGUGUUUGCUAAGAUGAAUGACCCGGUGGAGUCCAGACUGAGGUGCUUCUGUAUGACGGACGACAAGGUGGAUAAGACCCUAGAGCAGCAGGAAAACUUUGAGGAGGUGGCCAGGAGCAAAGACAUAGAGGUUCUGGAGGGCAGGCCCAUCUAUGUGGACUGCUAUGGAAACUUGGCUCCUCUGACUAAAGCCGGUCAGCAGUUAGUUCUUAACUUCUACGCCUUCAAGGAGAACCGUUUGCCCUUCUGUGUCAAGGUGAGAGACCCCAGCCAGGAGCCCUGCGGUCGUCUCACUUUCCUCAAAGAGUGUAAGACCACAAAGGGCCUUCCACACACUGCUGUGUGCAACCUGAACAUCACACUUCCUGCAGUGAAAAAGACUGAAAAGCCAGAGCGACGUCAUACCUUUGCAUCCCUAGCCUUACGUAAGCGCUACAGCUAUCUGGCCGAGCCUGCACUGAGCCCUCAGAGUCCCUGUGAGAGAACAGACCUCCGCAUGGCAAUAGUAGCUGACCACCUUGGACUCAGCUGGACUGAGCUGGCCAGGGAGCUGGAUUUCUCUGUGGAAGAGAUCAACUUCAUCAGAGUGGAGAAUCCCAAUUCCCUGACAGCACAGAGCUUCAUGCUCCUAAAGAAAUGGGUGCACAGGGACGGUAAAAAUGCCACAACGGAUGCUUUAACCGCGGUGCUGACUAAGAUCAAUCGGUUGGAUAUUGUGACUUUGCUGGAAGGGCCCAUAUUUGACUACGGUAACAUUUCAGGCACACGCUGCUUUGCCGAUGAUAACGCAGUAUUCCCGGAUCAGUCCGAUGGAUACCACAAUAUAGAUCUGGAGCUGCAAACCCCCUCAGACCUGAACUACGAGCCCCCCACCCCGCUACGCUCAGACGACUUCUUUGGCGAGGGUGAUGCUAGCGUAGAUUCCCCUAGCAAAACCACGCUUACUAGACCUAGCGAACUCUCUCUCACUCAGACCACCAGUAUCUCCAGCGGUGACCGCCUCAAAAUCGCCCCAGGCGCUGUCUCCUAUGCCCCAGAGCCCCCCAUUGUUGGGGCAGAAGAUACAACCUUGACCACUGGGGAGAGAGUGGAAGAAAAGACAGGGAUGUUUUCUUAUGAGAGGCCAGAUAAUGACAGAAGGGCAGUCGAGAAGUCAGGAAAGGGGAUAGAAGAACUGCAGGCAGGGCAAGAUGUUGCUUUGGAGAGAAACCAAAAAGAAGAUGCUGCCUCAGACAUUGGUCAAGGUAAUGGAAGGCAGGAAGAAGAGGGAGAAGAAGAAGAGGAGAUGACCCAGGAGAGGCUGCAGAGUCUGCUGGAGGAUAUCAAGCUGGAGGGAGGCUUCGAGGAUGUGGAGAUGACAGAGGAGAGGGUGAAUGCCAUCCUUGAACAAGUACGGCAAGCAGAAAAAGUCGUGUGUUCAGUUUCAGGUUGGAGAAGUGCGACGUCCGACAUGAUCAUAGAUUCAUCACUGCCUGGCACUGAGGAGGGCAGCCCCGAAAAUCUAGCUGAUUUGCUGGAGCAGCCCUCGGCUCAGACCGACAGACAGAAUGGAGGUCAAACUGACGUAGCGAGGGAAGGAAAGGAAAAGGAGGCCAAGAGGAAAGGAUCUCAGGAUGAAAGCAGCACAGCGGGACCAAGCAGAGGCCAGGAGGAGGGAGGUGACAGGUCCCAGCACAAAGUCCAGGGGGGCGUUAGAGCUGAAGAGUCCGGCUCUGACGAGGAGACCACUGUCACCACCAGGGUGUACCGCAGACGGGUCAUACUCAAGGGAGAGGAGGCCAGAAACAUUCCGGGAGAGUCUGUGACGGAGGAGCAGUUCACAGAUGAAGAGGGGAAUCUGGUCACCAGAAAAGUGAUCAGAAAGGUGGUGCGCCGCAUUGUCAACUCAGAGGAAACGAGGGAAAGUGAAGGCGAAACUGUUACAGAAGAAGGAGCCGGUGGCGGCGGCGGCGGUGGUGGUGGUGGUGGUGGUGGUGGAGCAGAUGCUGCUUCUUCCGCAGGAGCAGCAGCAGGAGCCACAGGGGGGAAGGGCAAGAGGAGAGGGAAGCGCUCCCGACAGGGCCACAAGGCUGAGAGGUCUGGAGAGGAGGCCCAGAGAGCGAAAACUGAGCCUGGAGACGGCGCCAACAAGAAACAAGGGAAGAGGAGUCAGUCAUAACAGUGGAGCUCUACACUGAACCUGGUCCACAAGACGUCCACCUGCGGCACCAGACGCACCCUGGGAGGGAAAACCGGACUGGAGCCUCUGAAAACGAAGGAGCCUCGUCAAUCGGCCAAAACGUGUCCGACGCUUUCACUUAACAACGCAUGGUUUUCAGCAAGACAACGCAAAACAAGUUACUUUUUCUUUGAUUUCGCAUGAGCAUGUCACCAAACUCACAACACCGAAGGACACGCAUGGACGUGAGCUGGAACUUUCUUUUAUCUUGGAUGAAUGAAAGGCGUCUGAGACCAAAGACGGUGCAAACAGGAAAAAAGAAAAACAGAAAAAGAAAAAAAAAAAAGAAGAAACCUGCUGACAGAAAAGGAAGACUUGUGAUUCACUCAGACACUCGCCUUAUAUGGUCUAUUUUUUCCUCCUGGACCCACAGUAUUGGGGUGCACCAUGUGGUUCUUUUUUAAAAAAAAAAAAAAAAAAAA